UAUAAAUCAAUUUACCGAACUUGUCAUUUACCGAAACCUCCAGCACCCGUUUUGUGUAUAUCUAUUUGUAAAUAAAGAAAGCACGUGUUUAAAAAAACAAUUAUUUCCUCUAUAAUGUCAGUUAAAAUAACUUUCACAGACGACCAACGGUCAGGUAUUUUAGGUCGUUUUGCAGUUGGAUGUGUGAAUGAAGGACACCAGUCACAGCUAAAAGGCAGACUCCUGUCUCACAACAACAAUACAGAUGUAAAAACCAAGAACAACAGAAUAAUGGUGGCAGAUUCACCUCAUAUGACAUAUGUGGGUAAAAACUUUGGAGACAGAACUUUGCAGCGUAAUAAUGAGAAUGUAAGGUACUACCUUGGUAUAUUGGAUGAGGGCUCAGGCAAGAUGAGGGUGGUGGAGACCAGUUUGUUCAACAUGCUGCCAAACAUUACAGAUGAAGAUGAAGAUAAAGUGCCAGACGGUCCUAGUCAGUCAACAUAUGUAGAAAAGUUUGGCAACUUAGUUGAAGCAUUUGGUAGUAAAAAAAAGAAGCAAUCAUUUGAAAAGAAGCACCGCAAUAAGUUGGAUGAAGUGGAGGUGAAGGGGUUCAUGUCAGAGGAUGUGCAGCAUGGCACAGAGCAGAGAAGGUCACGAGAGGAAGAGAAGGCUGCAAUACAAGAACAGCUUCAGCAGCUGUCAGCUCUUCCCGUGUGUAACAAGGAGGCUUCAAGAGUGGAGUUAGUCUACCCAAUUGAGGAAAUUGUCACCAGUUCAGAGUUGGACCUUCUUCAGUCAUUUGCAGAGAACUUCUUCAACUCUGAUGGAUCCAAGAUAAAGGAAUGGAGAGAAAGUGACAGUUACAGCAGCUAUGUGCUGAAUCACUUGUCUGUGAUGCCGAUGGAGGAGACUUUGCGAUGGAAUCGUAGCAAACUUCUCACCUACCUUGACUGUAUGAUCAAGCUGCACAACUGCAACAACACAAUUCUCAAUAGCGCUAAAUUGUUCCCAAAUAUACCAUCGUCAUUGAAGAACAAACUCUUUGACAACUUCACAGUUCGUGUGGGUAAAUCAAGAUGUAAGCCCUCAAGGUUAAAGGAUCGACUAGCUGCAUUUAUUCUAGUACUAUGUCUACAUAUCGACGAGUUCACAUUUGAUCUUGACAACAUCGCCAAGGAUCUUAGGAUAGGCGUGCACAGGGUUCAGCAGAUCUUGCGAGCCAUGGGCUGCUCCGUUGUUCGGCGGCUGAAGGGGGGAGUGGAGUCUUAUGAUGUAAAGUUGGCUCUUCCGCUUGAUUUUCCAAGAAAGCAUUCUAAAAAUGCUGGUUCGAAAGGCGCUCGCAAAUAAAGACGAUUCUUAAUGGGCAUUAUUUUGUUGCAUAUAGUUAAAUUGGUAUGCAUGAAUAUCAUGAAAAAGAUUAUUUGCUUAACUGGU